CCUUUACCCGGCCUCAGCUGACCUGUCUCUCCAAUUACGUAAUACAUGUGUUUGUGCGGGGUCUGUACCCCAACCAAGCAGGCUAGAUGUUGCCCUAAAUUGCCAGAUUGUAAAUAAUCGGUCAUUCAAAUAUGACUUCUGGAUUAGAGGUCGGUCCACCAAUGCCCAUGCAACAUCUGCAAGGAAUAAAGAUAAAGAUAAAGAUCAAAGAGGGGAGUGAUGAUGAGUACUACAAGGCAAAAGAAUCGCCCUAUUCGACAUCGGAGGAUCAGCGUGACAUCCAUCAAUGUGAGAAAGAGAUACAUGGAGAGAUUUUAAAACCUUAUACUAUUAAAUUUGAGACUGGUGAUGAUGGCAAUCUAAUAGAUGAUGCGUACCAUAUUGGAGGAGUGCGAAUGAAUGAUCUCCCUGGAUUGAAAGGCUUUGAAAGAGACAUCCAAACACUAACUAAUCCAACAACAUCAGGUCAUCAGUGGACUCGGUCAGGUGAUCCCAACACUCAGUCAUGUGAUCAGAAAGCAGAACAAACCUUGACAGAAGUAGCUUCAGGAGGCGACCAGACCCCCAAGCAAUCAGGUGAUGUCAACACUCAGUCAUGUGAUCAGAAGGCAGAACAAACCUUGACAGAAGUAGCUUCAGGAGGCGACCAGACCCCCAAGCAAUCAGGUGAUGUCAACACUCGGUCAUGUGAUCAGAAAGCGGAACACACUUUGACAGAAGAAGCUCCAGGAAGCAACCAGAAUCAACUGCAAGUUGGAGGAGCUGAUGGAAAUAUUCAUUCUCUCCCAGAUUCUGGAAUCUAUAGAUGCAAAUACCAUGGAUCACCAUAUGCUAUUCCUCCCACCGUACCAAGGCAUCUCGACUACCAACAUGGAAUAAGCAGUAUUUACAUGCCUGCAGAUGCAUCAGAAGAACAUAUUUUGACAUUCACUCAUAAAGGAAUACAAGAACCUUUGAGCAACGAUGAAGUUGAACCAUAUGCUUGUGAUCAGGGUGAUGAAAAACUCAAACAAGUUGGUGAUCAUAUUGGAGAUGCUCCGAAUAACCAAGCAAGUGAUAAAGACCACCUCAUAACACAUAAAAAUAUCCAAACACCUGAGAAGCUCUAUACGUGUGGUCAAUGUGGCAAGGCGUUUAAUAAGAAAGGCACUCUCACAUUACAUAAGCGUAUCCAUACAGGUGAAAAACCUUAUGUAUGUGAUCAAUGUGGUAAGGCAUUUAGAGAUCCUAGUUACUUCAUAAAACAUAAACGAAUCCAUACACCUAAACAUAUCCAUACACAUGAGAAGCUUUAUACUUGUGAUCAAUGUGGCAAGGCGUUUAAUCACAAAGGAAAUCUCACAGUACAUAAGCGUAUCCAUACAGGUGAGAAGCCUUUUGUAUGUGAUCAGUGUGGUCAAGCAUUUAAUCGUAAUGAUCAUCUCCAAUUACAUAGACGUAAGCAUACAGGUGAGAAGCCCUAUGUAUGUAAUCAAUGUGGUAAGGCAUUUAGAGAUCCUAGUUACUUCAUAAAACAUAAACGAAUCCAUACACAUACACAUGAGAAGCUUUAUACAUGUGAUCAAUGUGGUAAGGCAUUUAAUCAGAAAGGAAAUCUCACAGCACAUAAGCGUAUCCAUACAGGUGAAAAACCUUAUGUAUGUGAUCAAUGUGGAAAGGCAUUUAAUCAAUCAACACACCUCAGUAGUCAUAAACAUAUCCAUACACGUAAAAAGCUCUUUAUGUGUGAUCAAUGUGGUAAGGCGUUUAAUCAGGAAGUCAAUUUCACAGCACAUAAGCGUAUCCAUACAGGUGAAAAACCUUAUGUAUGUGAUCAAUGUAGUAAAGCAUAUAACUACGCUAGUGCCCUCAAGAGACAUACGCUAAUCCAUUCAGGUGAGAAACCUUUUGUGUGUGAUCAAUGUGGUAAGGGUUUUAAUCUGAAUUGGAAUCUAAAAUUGCAUAAACAAAUCCAUGAAGGUAAGAAAUCUUUUGCAUGUGAUCAGUGUGGUCAAGCAUUUAAUCGUAAUGAUCAUCUCCAAAGACAUAAACGAAUCCAUACAAGUGAGAAGCGAGAGAAGCAAUAUGAAUGUGAUCUUUGUAGUAAGGCAUUUAGUAGAAAAUUAAGUCUCGCACUACACAAACGUAUCCAUACUGGUGACAAAACUUAUGUAUGUGAUCAAUGUGGUAAAGCAUAUAACAACGCUAGUGCCCUCAAGAGACAUAAACUAAUCCAUCCAGGUGAAAAACCUUAUGUAUGUGAUCAAUGUGGAAAGGCAUUUAAUCAAUCAACACACCUCAGUAGACAUAAACAUAUCCAUACACGUAAAAAGCUCUUUAUGUGUGAUCAUUGUGGUAAGGCGUUUAAUCAGGAAGUCAAUUUCACAGCACAUAAGCGUAUCCAUACAGGUGAAAAACCUUAUGUAUGUGAUCAAUGUAGUAAAGCAUAUAACUACGCUAGUGCCCUCAAGAGACAUAAGCUAAUCCAUUCAGGUGAGAAACCUUUUGUGUGUGAUCAAUGUGGUAAGGGUUUUAAUCUGAAUUGGAAUCUAAAAUUGCAUAAACAAAUCCAUAAAGGUAAGAAACCUUUUGUAUGUGAUCAGUGUGGUCAAGCAUUUAAUCGUAAUGAUCAUCUCCAAAUACAUAGACGUAGGCAUACAGGUGAGAAGCCCUAUGUAUGUAAUCAAUGUGGUAAGGCAUUUAGAGAUCCUAGUUACUUCGUAAAACAUAAACGAAUCCAUACACCUAAACAUAUCCAUACACAUGAGAAGCUUUAUACUUGUGAUCAAUGUGGCAAGGCGUUUAAUCACAAAGGAAAUCUCACAGUACAUAAGCGUAUCCAUACAGGUGAGAAGCCUUUUGUAUGUGAUCAGUGUGGUCAAGCAUUUAAUCGUAAUGAUCAUCUCCAAAUACAUAGACGUAAGCAUACAGGCGAGAAGCCCUAUGUAUGUGAUCAAUGUGGAAAGGCAUUCAGGCAUCCUGGUUGCUUCUCAAAACAUAAACGAAUCCAUUCAAGUGAGAAGCGAGAGAAGCAAUACGAAUGUGAUCUUUGUGGUAAGGCAUUUAGUGGAAAAUUAAGUCUCGCACUACACAAACGUAUCCAUACUGGUGACAAAACUUAUUUAUGUGAUCAAUGUGGUAAAGCAUAUAACAACGCUAGUGCCCUCAAGAGACAUAAGCUAAUCCAUUCAGGUGAGAAACCUUUUGUGUGUGAUCAAUGUGGUAAGGGUUUUAAUCUGAAUUGGAAUCUAAAAUUGCAUGAACAAAUCCAUAAAGGUAAGAAACCUUUUGCAUGUGAUCAGUGUGGUCAAGCAUUUAAUCGUAAUGAUCAUCUCCAAAAACAUAAACGAAUCCAUACAAGUGAGAAGCAAGAGAAGCAAUAUGAAUGUGAUCUUUAUUGUAAGGCAUUUAGUAGAAAAUUAAGUCUCGCACUACACAAACGUAUCCAUACUGGUGACAAACCUUAUGUAUGUGAUCAAUGUGGUAAGACAUAUAGACAUUCUAGUUCUCUUGUAGAACAUAAACAGAUCCAUACAGGUAAGAAGCAAUAUGAAUGUGAUGUUUGUGGUAAGGCAUUAGGUAGAAAAUCAAGUCUCGCAAUACACAAACGUAUCCAUACAGGUGACAAACCUUAUGUAUGUGAUCAAUGUGGUAAGGCUUUUAAUCUGGAAUGGAAUCUAAAAGUGCAUAAACGACUCCAUACAGGUGAGAAGCCUUUUGUAUGUGAUCAGUGUGGUCAAGCAUUUAAUCGUAAUGAUCAUCUCCAAAUACAUAGACGUAGGCAUACAGGUGAGAAGCCCUAUGUAUGUAAUCAAUGUGGUAAGGCAUUUAGAGAUCCUAGUUACUUCGUAAAACAUAAACAAAUCCAUACAAGUGAGAAGCAAGAGAAGCAAUAGGAAUGAGAUCUUUGUAGUAAGGCAUUUAGUAGAAAAUUAAGUCUGGCCGUACACAAACGUAUCCAUACUGGUUACAAACCUUAUGUAAGUGAUGAAUGUGAGGAAUUUAGACAUCAUAGUUCUUGCAUACAUUCGUAAUUCCGAAGCUUCGUAAUUCCGAUGGUUCGUUAAUCCGAAAACGAAACAAGGUUCGUUAG